CCGGGUACGUCCUGAAACUACGUCCAAAAGAGAGGUAUGGGCAUUGUGAAUGUCAUCUCGCUUUGUGUGGUAGGGCACAGCCAGCGGAUGUCAUUCCAGAUCUAGAGCAGAGCCCAACUGGGGAAGUACCUCCACCUUACAGAAAACAGCAGCCAAAUAACACUAGACCCUACUCAUAGUGUUGUGUUCCUACCGGUGAGUAAGGUUGCCAGAGCUCAACUAGGGGGGGCGGGUUAAGGGUCGGCAACGCGCAUGUAACUCCUCUGGAGUUGCAGGCGAACAUAGGCUACGGAGACUGCUUACCAUCAGGCGGACCGUAUGCUUGUUUGCCACCGACGUAGUAUAUUUAAAAAAAAAAGUUUAGUACUCAAUUUGCUGGAUAUGGAAGCACUAUUAGAAUAAAACUAACAAUAUAUUUAAUUUAUAGCUCAGAAAAUAGCACAAUAAAACAGAGUAGAAAACCACACAAUGCUUCAUAAAAUACUAGUUUUAAAUUUCUGAUGUCAAACAAAUGCAUAUCAGAAACCAGAUAACAAUCACACUUAGGUAAAACAAUACAUAAUCUUGACAUUCAGUGAUAAACUUAUCUCUAAAUUAUGUCACUAAAAACCAAGUUCAUUUAUUUUCGCGCACACCGUCAUAGAUAUCAGUCGUGAUGGCUUCCAAAGUGGCCAUAGUCACUGGUUCUAAUAAAGGAAUAGGCUUCGGCAUUGUGAGGGGACUGUGCAAAAGGUUCCAAGGAAACGUGUAUCUCACGUCCAGAAACGAGCAAAGAGGAAAAACAGCAGUGAGAAAACUUAAAGAAGAAAGUCUUCAUCCUAACUAUCACAAACUAGAUGUCACUAAAAAAGAAAGCUUAGAAGUAUUCCGUGAUUAUAUUCAAAAACAAUAUGGCGGAAUAGAUGUUUUAAUAAAUAAUGCUGCUAUAGCAUUCAGAAAGGAUUCCACAAUGCCAGCGAUAGUCCAAGCAGAACGCACGUUAUUCGUCAACUAUUUCUCUCUACUAUCAACUUGUGAAAUCCUAUUUCCUUUACUAAGGAAAGGCGCUAGAGUUAUCAAUGUCUCUAGUAAUUUGGGACAUUUGUCGCAAAUACCUAGUUCUACUUUGAGAAAUAAGUUGAAAGAUAAGAAUUUGACGGUAGAGGAGUUGAGUGAUUUGAUGACUCAGUAUGUGGAUGCGACUCGGCAGGGGGCGCAGCUUUUGAAGUGGGGGAAGUCUUCGUAUGCGGUGUCUAAGGUUGGGGUGGUGGCGUUGACGCGGAUACAACAGAGAAUGUUGCAUGAUAGAGAUAUAAAAGUGAACGCGGUGCACCCCGGCUACGUGGCGACAGAUAUGACAGCGCACGCGGGCCCGCUGACCAUCGACGAGGGCGCACAACCAGCUUUGUAUCUAGCUCUGGACGCGCCGGACUCGGUGCGUGGUGAAUAUGUAUGGAGCGACAAUACUGUCGUGGACUGGGAAGCGAGUGAAAUGCCGAAGCAUGUCAAACAGAAUCCAGUGGAGUAAAUUGUUGUUGAAAA